ACGGAAUACACAGCUUGCCAUAUGUACAAAUUAUGACUAUAAUUAACAUAAAUAUAAUUUAAUAUAUUUAUCUAUGUUUUAAUGCUCGUCAAAAUAUACUUGACAAAUAUUUCAGUGACUUUUAAUCCCACCAUUUUUAACCUAAUUAAACAAUGAAUUUCUUGUGCAAUACAAACAGAAGUAUAAUUUAUACCUUUUUGGGAAUUACUACAAUAUCAAUAUUUUUAAUAUUUAUUUAUUAUCCUAUUAUACAAAAGUCGGUUUAUUCUACAAUAAAAUAUUAUACUAUCACUGGUAUUAAUAAUAAUAAUAAUAAUAAUAUGAAUCUCACAGUGUUAAACAGACAAGAAAAUUUACUUACCUGUCGUCUAAUUUGUGAAAUCGUUGCCGGAGUAACUGACAGUCCGAUGAAAUAUCUCCAGGCAACUAAUCAUACUUUAAUUCCAAUAAAAUUUACGAAUACUACUAAUAGUAGUGAUUUAUCAAAUACUACAAUAUUUCAACAUGUAAUAGGUGGAUCAUGGAUGUUUAAAAUGAUUUCAGAUCACUCAAACAAUAUUAUUAAUAAUAAUAAUGUGAAUAGAUGUAGUAAUAUUUCAAAAUCUGGUGUAGCGAUUAUUUUUAUGUGUAAAAAUAGAUGGCCUCAACUUUAUGUCACCUUAUCGACUGUAAUACCACUGCUACAAAGACAACAAUUAUGCUAUCGUAUAUUUGUCAUUGAACCCAUUGAACACGAAGCGAAGAAAUACUUUGAAUUUAAUUGUGUUGUAUUACAUGAUGCAGAUUUAGCACCACUAGAUGAUCGUAUACCAUAUGGUUGUGAUGAACAAGUGAAACAAAUGGCAGUACAUUUAAGUGUUGGCAGAAGUACAGAAAAUUUUACACUCAUGUAUCAACAAGCUAAUGGAUUUUCCAAUUAUUACUGGGGUUGGGGUGCAGAAGAUGAUGAUUUUGAAAUACGCUUGAGAUAUACAAAUAUUAAAUAUAUACAUUUUAACGCUUCAAUUGCUAGAUACUUGUCAGUUCCACACACUAUUCAGUCUCGUGAUCGUCUUAAAUACAAUGGAAAACUUAAAGAUAAUGCUAGAAGUCGAAUGAAAAAAGAUGGAUUAAAUAGUUUGAAGUACAAAGUGAUCAAUAUAUCCAAUGAGUAUUAUUUUACACAUAUCUUUGUGUCGAUCAAGAGAACAGGUGUCAACCAAACUCAGAGGUCAAAUACAUCAGAAAUUUUUGAAGAUUGA